AUGGCCACCUCCGCCGCCUCCUCGGAGCAUUUCGAGAAGCUGCACGAGAUCUUCCGCGGCCUCCAUGAAGACCUCCGGGGGGUUCCGGAGCGGCUCCUGGGGACUGGGGGGACAGAAGAGAAGAAGAAAUUGAUCAGAGAUUUUGAUGAAAAGCAACAGGAAGCAAAUGAAACGCUGGCAGAGAUGGAAGAGGAACUACGUUAUGCACCCCUCUCUUUUCGUAACCCUAUGAUGUCUAAGCUUCGAAACUACCGGAAGGACCUUGCCAAACUGCACCGGGAAGUGAGAAGCACGCCUUUGACAGCCACACCUGGGGGUCGAGGAGACAUGAAAUAUGGCACCUACACUGUAGAGAAUGAGCAUAUGAAUCAACUACAGUCUCAGAGGGUAUUGCUUUUGCAAGGCACUGACAGCCUGAACCGGGCCACCCAGAGUAUUGAGCGUUCGCAUCGGAUUGCCACAGAAACUGAUCAGAUUGGCUCAGAAAUUAUAGAAGAGCUGGGGGAGCAACGUGACCAGUUGGAACGUACCAAAAAUAGACUGGUAAACACAAAUGAAAACUUGAGCAAAAGUAGAAAGAUUCUCCGGUCAAUGUCCAGAAAAGUGACAACCAACAAGCUGCUACUUUCCAUUGUCAUCUUACUCGAGAUAGCCAUCCUGGGAGGCCUGGUUUAUUACAAAUUCUUUCGCAAGCAUUGA